CUUUAUCAAUCUAAAGAUGAAGUUGCGAUUCUGGUUGGUGAAAAGAUGAUGAAGUGUCGGCUCUCAUGUGCUUGAAACUUGUUGAUGACGACGCUAUCACCUUGUAGUUUGAACAGCCGUUGAUCAGAAGAUGUGGGUGCAAGCUUUUUCUUUUGGCUCGUGGGUAUCUCCCCGGAGGAUUAGGGCUGCUUUACCGCGUGCUUUCUCUGGAAUUUCGGAGCAUGGUUGUACUUUCAGCUAUCGUCGCCCGGGAUCUCAAGGACGCUUCGAGUGGUCGACAGACAAGAAGGCGGAAACAGGGAGAUCAGGCCAAAGUGUAGUAAAAAUUGGCGGCUCUACUUCUAGUAGCAUUGCUGCGACUGAAGAGGAUGUUGAGGAGCCAAAAAGUGAAUACUUGAAAGUUGACAAAGUCAGAGCAACAGGAGAUGGAAGUGGAAUAAAGGUUACUUUUCAGACAAAAGACACCCGCGAACACGAAGAGGGCCAAGUUAGGAGAUCUGCUCGCAAUGACCCUAGAGGACCUCGGCGUAGUGGCGAUUUGGACUCCGCGUCAAACUUUGGAUCUUCAAACGCGUCUUCAAAGUCUUCAGGCGAAAGCUCGACUGAGUCUAAGAAGAAGCGCCCGCUCAAGAAAGGGAAACGCUAUCGACCUCAGUGGGAGCAAGACGUUGCUUCCAUGCGCGAUGACACUUCAUUGUCUUCCGAUGCUUGUCUUGCGCAAAGUGUGGUUAGCCGCUUCGACGUCCUCUCAGCCGAUCUAGAUAAUGAGACAGCCCGUGCUGGAGAGAUCGCCGCACGAUCCGCCUGGAAUGCAGGCGUAUGGAACGAAAGUGCCGAUCAUGCUAGGGUGUUAGAGUCUCCUCCUCAGAAGCACGGGCAUAUUUUUGAAAUAGACGGCAGACUGCAUGCCCCUUCUCUUCCUGGAAGCACUGGCUCGUCUCCUUUUGGUUGCUGGUCUGGCGAAAAAUUGGUACCUUCGACAAGGCCCAGCAUUGCUGGAGGAGACGGCAGCAUUCAAAAUGGAAAAGGCGACGACAGUUCAGUGCAGGAGCCUUCGAAGCGUCGGGAACGUAUUUGGUGGAGACCGAGGAGCAUGUCUAGGGCCGACGACAGGCUUCGCGACGAGCCAUGGUGGGCCUCGUUUCAGAGCACGAUGAGUGGGACUGAGGCGACAAAGAAUAAAGAUUCUCCCCAAAAAUGCCUUGCGUCGUCUUUAGAAGACCUCGUCGGAAACACUGCAAACGAAGGAGACGAAGAUGAGGAACAGAGGAUAGAACCCCAUGGUGGAACAAAAGAGAACCACCCGGGUGCUACGAUAAGAGAAGCGACUUCAGAGCUAAAAGACGUCAUGGCAGGCGGGCCGCUGGCUCUCGCUACAAGCACGGAUCUAGAGACUUCAAACUCUAGCGUUAGUACUUCUACGACAAAAGCAGCCGGCCUCUCCAGCGCGUUCACUGUGUCUACGAACUCUGCACUCUUCAUCCGUCCAGCGACGGCUGAAAAUGGCCCAUUGCAGAACGCUGUUGCAAUGGAGCUCGCAAAGAGUGCAGAGAGGCAUAACCGAGAAGUGGCGAAUUCUUUACGACAGUGGCUUUCGGUGGAACGGCCGCGGCCUUGGCAGGUCCUCAAAAUUCUGCGCUCCAUGCGGGAAAACGACGUCCGGGCCCUAGCAGUCCUGGAUACGCUGAAAGCCGACAUUCUCUGCUGCAUCAGCCUUUUUUCCGCGUCGCAACUGGCUGAAAUCACCAAAAUUUACGGUGAGUUUCGCGUUCAAUUCCGGGAACUCAAAAAAAUGCAGCGGGCAUUGGGAAUAUUUGCGGUUUCUAUACCUGGGUGAGCAAAAGGUCUUGGGGAUUGCAAACGACUGACUGGGGCAGUAAUCGGGGCGCCGCGCUGAAAUUGUGAUGCAAACAUUCGUGAGCGCAGUUUUUUUUCGGACAGCGCGCAGCGCGGGCGGCGUGCCUUGCGCCAAGGAAGACGGGAGCGGACCGCGUGAGACCAAAAACUCGAACUACCCGCAUCUCAUAAUAUGCCUGGCUCUCGGCGCCAAGAAAACAGCGCUUAAUGCAGUCAUGGAGCUCUUCUGUGAGGAGUUUCGCAGGACGAAUCCAAACGAUCCUGAAUUGACGCUCACAAGCAGGCUCGAUUACUUUGUUGAAGAACUAACAAUAUGUUACGAAUUAGCAUGACAUUUUAUUAAGCACUUACAUGCCGACUCUAGCUGUUGCCAUCCUUGUUGUAAAGAUCGGCCGGGACAAUAAAUGAAGUAAGUGGGACUCGAUGUUCGUAGAAAGCUUUAGCGGGCAUAAGAUGACACAAUAGGAAUUCCGCAAUUUGGGGCAUGGGAGCGUGG